GGCAGGGGCGGGAGGGAUAGCGGCCGGCUUCUCUGGACUGGCACCGCGCGGGGGCGCGGGGCGUGCCCCUGUCAAGAGCCAUGCUCGGCAGGUCCGGGUACCGGGCGCUGCCCCUGGGGGACUUUGAUCGUUUCCAGCAGUCGAGCUUCGGCUUCCUGGGCUCGCAGAAGGGCUGCUUGUCCCCGGAGCGGGGCGGCGUGGGGCCGGGGGCCGACGCGCCCCAGAGCUGGCCCUCCUACCUCUGUCAUGGCCUCAUCAGUUUCCUGGGGUUCUUGCUGCUGAUGAUCACUUUCCCCAUUUCCGGCUGGUUCGCCUUGAAGAUUGUGCCCACCUAUGAGCGGGUGAUCGUGUUUCGACUGGGCCGGAUCCGCACCCCUCAGGGGCCCGGCAUGGUUCUGCUCUUGCCCUUCAUUGACUCCUUCCAGCGGGUGGAUUUGAGGACACGUGCUUUCAAUGUCCCUCCCUGCAAGCUGGCCUCUAAGGAUGGGGCUGUGCUGUCUGUGGGGGCUGAUGUCCAGUUCCGCAUCUGGGAUCCGGUACUGUCUGUGAUGACUGUGAAGGACCUGAACAUGGCCACGCGCAUGACGGCCCAGAACGCUAUGACCAAGGCCCUGCUCAAGAGGCCCCUGCGGGAGAUCCAGACGGAGAAGCUCCAGAUCAGCGCCCAGCUCCUGCUGGAAAUCAACGAUGUGACCAGGGCCUGGGGGCUGGAGGUGGAUCGGGUAGAACUGGCAGUGGAGGCCGUGCUCCAGCCACCCCAGGACAGCCCAGUGGGGCCCAAUUUGGAUAGCACUCUCCAGCAGCUGGCCCUCCACUUCCUGGGAGGAGGCCUGUCCUCUGUGGCAGGAGGCUUGUCAGCCCCAGGGCCAGCAGACAGCUUGGAGAUGGUGAGUGAAGUCGAGCAGCCUGCCCCUCCUGUUGGUGCUGGGCCAGGCCCAAAGCAGCCCGUGGCGGAGGGACUGCUGACUGCUCUGCAGCCCUUCCUGUCGGAGGCCCUGGUCAGCCAAGUUGGUGCCUGCUACCAGUUCAAUGUCGUCCUGCCCAGUGGUGCCCAGAACAUCUACUUCCUCGACCUCACUACAGGGCACGGGAGGGUAGGACAUGGAGUGCCUGACGGCAUCCCUGAUGUGGUGGUGGAGAUGACCGAGGCGGACCUGCGGGCCCUUCUGUGCAGGGAGCUGCGGCCCCUGGGGGCCUACAUGAGUGGGCGGCUAAAGGUGAAGGGUGACCUGGCCAUGGCCAUGAAGCUGGAGGCUGUCCUCAGGGCCCUGAAGUAGCGGCUUUGGCUGACUGUCCGUAGCCCAGCUCAGAGUCUGGCGUCAAGCCAGGGAGGCAUCUUAGAGGAGAAGGCGGCACUGGUGCCACACCUUGGAUUGUUGAGGCCCUCCUCAGCCAGGAGCCAAGGGAUGGAGGCUGGGCCGACACCAGAGCUGGGAGAGACUGUGUCAGGCCACCUUGUCCUCCUUACCUAGAGUGCUUCUCUGGACAAGCCUUUGCCCAUCCUGGUCCCCGGCUGAAUGCCCAGCCCCGAGCCGGGUACACAGUGUGAUAACAAGAGCCAAGCUGGCCCGCUCUGCUGGCAACCUGACUGGAGGGGCGGGGCCCGCAGACAUAGCCUGGCUGCAUGGAUUCGGGCUGGUGUGAGGGAGCCAAGCAUGUGGCUCAGUUCCCAGCUCCAGGGUGGGGAUCAGUGAGGUUGAGCGGUGGAGAAGGAGGGCAGCCACCAAGAAGAGUCACUUCAGGGCAGGGAUUUGGGGAUUGAGCUGGGCCUGCCUUCCCGGUUGUUCUCUAGGCCCAGGCCAGUGGGCAGUGGGGAUGGAAAAGCGUGGGGCCUUCUCCACGUCUGGCCCUGCUCCUGAAGAUGUCUUGACUCGUCCCCCAGCUCCGUCUUGCAUGCCUGACGGGCUGGAGCCCAGGGCAGCAUGUAGGAGAGCCCUGCUGUUCUGUGCUUUUUACCAGAGGUUGGCAAACCACCAAUAAAUGUGCUGUUUACAAUGUA